AUGGGAGAAUCCUCAUUCAAGGCCAUCAUCGUUGGUGGUGGGCCGGUGGGCUUAGUGGCUGCGCACGCCCUGGAGAAAGCAAACAUCGACUUUGUCGUCUUAGAGAACAAGGCCGACUUGUCUCGCGAUGUGGGAGCCAGCGUCGUCAUCGGGCCGCAAAAUCUCAGGGUAAUGAAUCAGCUCGGUGUGUACGGUCGGCUGCUGGGCAUCGGUAGCCAGCUUCGGACAAACAAGAGUUUUCUCCUAAACGGGUACAAGUUCAAGCAGAACAAUGACUUGCUAGCCCUUGCUGGAAACCACGGCGUAGGAUACUUGGCAUUCCACCGGGCAGAACUUGUCCGUGAGCUCUAUGAGAGCCUCUCGGAUGGUGUGAAGCGACGCUACUUCACCAACAAGAAGGUGAUCAACAUCGAGUCUCUUGAAACGGGCGUCAAGGUCACCACCAGUGAUGGCAAUGUCUUCGAAGGCUCAAUCGUCAUCGGCGCAGAUGGCGUACAUAGCGUGACGCGCAACACCAUUCGCAAAUUGGCCCUCGAGGAGAACCCAGGCACCGAGUGGGACCCCAAGGAUCCCUUCCCAGCCAUCUAUCGCUGCAUGUGGUGCAGCUUUCCUCCCCCUGAGGCCCCUGGUGCCAACUACGAGGCAACAAGCAAGGAUAAAUCCGCCAUGUUCUUGACAAGCCGAGACCGUGGCUGGAUAUUGACGUACGACAAGUUCCCUGAGCCGACAACAGAGCGCCACACGUAUACGGAAAAGGAUGUCGAAGCAUUCGCCGCUAACAUUGCCGAGUUCCCUGUCAAUGAAACUCUCAAGGUCAAGGAUGUAUUCGCGAAGCGCCAGACGUGGGGCAUGUCGGAUUUGGGAGAGGGCGUAUUGAAGCAUUGGUACUGGAAACGGAUUGUUCUCGCUGGAGACUCGUGCCACAAGUACACUCCAAACGCUGGCCUGGGUUUGAACAAUGGCAUCCAGGACAUCGUGGUCCUGUCGAACGAGUUGCAAAAAGCUGUUCGGGCGCAACCUACGGAGAAUAUCAGCACAGAGGCCCUAGAGCAGAUCUUCAAAACUUACCAGGAAGCCAGGCGGGAGCCAGCUAUUCAGGACUGCAAUCAGUCGGCCAUGGUGACGAGGGUGCAGACCUGGGCCAGCUGGUUCCACUACCUUCUAAGUCGAUUCAUCUUUGCUCGGAAUUUUGUUGGAUGGCUGAUGCGAAGGUAUGUUGUCUCUCCGGCGAUCCGUCAGGCAUCGGUCUUCGACUUUAUCCCAGCAAAGGAUCUGCCGGCCGGCACGGUAAGCUGGGUGCAUCCGGUUCCAAAUCUGGAGUCUGAUUAA